UCAACUUCAAGAAAAAGACCUGAACAAGUGGUUCACACUUUUCUAGCUCUGGGACAAGGUAAUCAUAAGAUGGAAAGCUACAGGCUCUUUGGGUUCCUCUGUUAUCAAAAUUACUUGUUUCUGAAUUGACUCACAAAAGCCUUCUCAUGCUUUUAGAUAUGGCAAAUUGGGUGAUGUUGUGGAUUCCUCUUCUCCACAAUUUGCUUUAAGGUAUAGAUUAAAAUUUGUGGUUUCUCCCUUCAUGUGAGCAGUAGCCCUGCUGGUAAUAAUGUGAACUGGCCAACCAGUUCACAACUAAACACCAGAUGAAGGAUCAAGGUGAAAACUCAAGGCAUCAAACCAACUUGCAAGGCAAGGUAAAUGAAGGGGAAAAAAAAAUAUCCCUGCCCAGGAACAGAAAGCAAGGAGCUCUGAACAGCAACAAAAGAAGAGGGAGUUUCUGCUCACUGAACAGGCUUGGGACAUUUUGGAGCAGGGCAUGUAAUGGUUUGAUAUUAGACUAGCUUGCUUGGCAAGGGGUAAUAUAAAGCUCCAGAGAAACACUGAGACAUGAUUGGAAUACCAUCAAACAUCUUUUGAAUCAACAGAAAAGGAAAGCUGAAAUAGCAUCCUGAAUAGCAUCUUUACUUAGCAGAUUCUUGCAUUGAUUGCCUCAACUGAUGUUGAAUUAUACAAGGGCAACAUGAUCUGAUAAUUCUGCAAUGAGACAGAAAAGAGGGCAUGAUUACCAUCAUAAGAAACCAGAAGGGCAGACAGCUGAUACUGAGAUGUGGGGGAGUGCUGAGUCACUGCAUUAGGUGCUGCCAUAGUAACUGUUUACCAGCUGGUUGGGGGUGAGGAGAGAUUGAAAAACCUGAAAUAGAAAUUUAACAAGUUAUAGCUCGAAAGAUUACACAUCUUUAAAAGCAAAAUUUAUCAGAAUGGAACACUUUCUAAGAAGCUUUUUUUUGUAUUAAUGUUACUUGGGGGCAACUAAAUUACAUCAGAUUAUUGAAUGGGCAUAGAAGAGUAUCAAGAAAUAAGAAAUUGAUGAUAUAUCUUCUCUUUUAGACUAAUGUUAUUGCACCUAAUUGUGUGAAGAAGUAGGAAGCACUUUGAAUUUGUUUAUUCACAAGGAUUUGGCAUAGUUUAUAUUUCCUACUACCCAGACCAAGCUGUGAUGGAACAGAGUAGAAGGAUCUUCUGGUAGUGACAGGUCUGGGAAUUAAUUUGAGAACUUCUCAUAGCUUAGAAAGGAAUGUGAGUGCAAAGUCCCUGGCUGAUCUUUUCUGAUGUUUUUCUCUGGUGUGGAUAUUAAGAAGAUUGUUGUUGGUCUGUUACUGGUUUAAAUCUCCUGGUGGUGUAAGGUAUGGCCUCCUGCAGCAGAGAUGGCUCUGGUGUUGUAGCAAUUUUGGACACUUCUGUGACUCAUGAGUUCUGAGUAAGAUCCUCAGUGGGGAAAAUUUCAGCAUCAUGACAGGUGUCUGUCACUGACACCUCUAGAAACAAAAUCUCCAUUGGUAUCAUCCUAAUGAGGGACACAAUGAGUGAGAGCACCAAAAUAGGCUGCUACAGGGGUGUGAGCAACUUCUGAAAAUGACCUCAGAUGGACCUUGUGAUCAGUUGGGCUAAGUUUGCCCUGGGGUCUAGUGUACAGAGAAGCAGAAAUCUACUAAAGGCAGAAAAUACAAGUCAAGCAUUAGAGGGUUUACAUGCACAGAGGCAGGAAGCUUGUGGUGAAACACAGGAUGUCACCAAAUUUUUAAAAUCUACAUAGAGAUCGGAGGAGCUGCUCCAGGAACUGAUGAGGUCAGGAAAGCUCUUCCUUGCAGGGCACAGGCAGACACCCUGUGAGUGCCCAGAGGUCCAGGUGGUAGCUGCUGUGUCAGUGAUCUUCACUUCUCUGCUAGGAGGAGGAAAGGUGUUUUCAGGACUCAGUGCACAACUGGAUGUGCCAAUCUUUGCUGUAAAGCUUAGCGGAGUUCUGGGAGCUGGUGGACUUUAACCAGUUCCUGCUACUCCCUCCACUUCCCUAGAGAAAUAUUAUUUAAAAAGAUCCAUUGCCUGAAAAGCCAAGUGAUCCCAUGUGAUUAGGAUGAUUUAACUUGUCCUAUCCAUCAGCUCCAGUAUUGCCAUUUCUGGGCUCCUGCAAACUUCCAUUAGCCAGAAGCAGGGCUCAGCAAAUAGCACUGGUGGUUUGGGGGAAGUCUGGGCAUUCUCAGACAUAGUGGCUGUGGGAUUUUGGUUGCUUGCGGAAAACAAGAUCUGCUGACAGUCUUCAAGCACACAAAACUUGUUGCAGGGAGGCACAUACAAAGUGGGGUAGAAAAUGUUCUUCCUUAUCUAGAAAUAAGAUAUCAGCAAGAGGCUAGACAACAGCUCUUAAUUAAAAUAGACUGUAUAGCAGCAGAGAUGAUUUUCCAAGUACAAUUUCGUAGCUGUUUUGUUUGAUUUUGACACCAAGUGUGGCUGAAGUCACAAUAGCUGCACAAUUACUUGUUAGCACACUUGAUGAUGUCUUUUUGCUUUGAGACCAAGGAUCUCGGAAGCCCACUUUACUUGAGCAGUUGGAUGUGGCAAUUUCCUAACAGGUUGCAAGAGUGGGCAGCAGUGACACCAAUGCAAGUGACAUCAGUUUAGUCUUUCAUAUGCAGGAUUUUUUUUAAAGUCCUUUUCACAGUGAAUCAGAAACCACACUUGAAAAGUGUCUUUUUCCCUUCAAAUGGAAAUUCUUCAUUUAUGUCAGCUUCAUUUUCACCUUAAAGAAAACCAAAAGUCUUUAUUUUCUAAGGAAGCAUAUACCCUGGACAGCUAUAAUCAGUGCUGAACAAGUGUUAAUUCCUCAUACAUGCAGGGAUUUCCUUGGUGAACCUUGCUCCAUGCUCACAAAGAGUUAAGCAGCUGCACAUCACAGCUUUGAGCCAGUUCUGCCUGCCUUGCAGAUCUGCCAUGUUACUCGCUCAGAAGGCUGAAGAACAAGGCUGUGGUGUGCGUCCUUCCCUGUGCCAUUCCUGACCCACUUUACCCCCCGGUGCUGUGAUUACCAGGGGAUGUAACAUUGGAGUCACUGCUGGCACAGCCAUGUAAAGCCUUUUUUCUGCAAAGCCUUUCUCUUACCAUGGAGCCCAGAUUAAUUUUCUGCUACCAGCUUGUUGGGGGAAAGGUGGAAUCCCUAAGAACAUAAAUCUGCUGUCUCCCCACACCCCCCUCACGUUAUUUGCCAUCACUAGCGCGUUUUAUCUCCUUUUGUGCACAGCCAUUCACUGCGUUUUAAGGCGUUAAAAUAUCUGGAAGCGAUGCUCAUCCGUCUCCUAGGCACUGGAGCUGGAGGUAUUUCGCUAUUUCAGCUGGGCAGGGCUUUCAGGACCGCUCCUGUGCAGCAGAGAUUCCCUCGGACCAGGAAGGGGAAGCACCAGCCAUGGCGGAGCAAAGUUUCCCCCCUUCCUCUCCCCCUCCCCUGAUGCCCUCUUUGCGCGUUCAGGGGAAGGAAGGGAUGCUCCGGCCCUGGCAAGACGAAGCCGGAGGGCUCGCCGGGAUGGGGAGAGGAGGAGGAGAAAAAGGAAAAGGAGGGGGGCUGCUAAAAAUACCGCCCUGUGCCGGGGGAGCGCGCCGGGCCGGGCUGCGCUGCGCAGUGAGCGCGCCGCAGUGCGCGGAGCGGGGAGCGCCGCAGGCAUGCUCGGCCCGCUGCUGGGCUCCGCCGGCUCCGGCUGCCUGCUGCUGGAGUUUGCCGUGUCGCUCGUGGAGAAGAUGCAAGCUCAGGAAAUCCUGCGGAGCCUGCGGCUCCCCGAAUUCGAUGACCUCAGCCAGUUUUUCCGCAACCUGCCCACCACGGCGCUGGUGGGCAUCGGUGCCUUCGCGGCCGUCGUGGCCUACUGGUUCGCCAGCCGGCCCAAGGCCGUGAAGCCGCCCUGCGACCUGCGGAUGCAGUCGGAGGAGGUCGAGGGCCUGGACGGGGCGCGCCGCUCGGUGAUCGGGGAUAGCCCGCAGCUGCUGACGCACUACUACGACGAUGCCAGGACCAUGUACGAGGUCUUCAGGAGGGGAUUCAGCAUCUCUGAAAACGGCCCCUGCCUGGGGUUCAGGAAGCCCAAGCAGCCGUACCAGUGGCUGUCAUACAGAGAGGUGGCUGAAAGAGCAGAAGCUCUGGGCUCGGGGCUGCUGCAGCAGGGCUGCAAGCCAUGCACCAAGCAGUUCAUCGGGGUCUUUGCUCAAAACCGCCCAGAGUGGAUCAUUUCCGAGCUGGCUUGCUACACCUACUCCAUGGUGGUGGUUCCCCUCUACGACACCUUGGGCCCCGGAGCCAUUCGUUACAUCGUCAACACAGCUGACAUUUCCACAGUCAUUUGUGACAAACCUGAAAAAGCCAGAACGCUCCUCGACCACGUGGAGAGGAGAGAAACGCCGGGUCUCAGCUCCAUCAUCCUGAUGGACCCAUUCGAGAAGGAGUUGUUGGAGAGGGGAAGGCGCUGUGGGGUCCGCAUCCAGACCAUGCAGGAGGUGGAGGAUUGUGGCCGGGAGAGUCGACAUGCGCCUGUGCCUCCUCGACCAGAAGAUCUAUCAAUUGUCUGUUUUACUAGUGGCACUACAGGAAACCCCAAAGGUGCUAUGCUGACUCACGGGAACGUGGUUGCCGAUUUUUCGGGCUUUUUGAAAGUGACGGAGAGUCAGUGGUCUCCUACUUGUGAGGAUGUACACAUUUCCUAUUUGCCUUUAGCACACAUGUUUGAGAGAAUGGUACAGUCCGUAGUGUACUGCCACGGGGGGCGGAUUGGGUUCUUCCAAGGAGACAUCCGCCUCUUAUCGGACGACAUGAAGGCUCUGCGUCCCACCAUCUUCCCCGUUGUGCCACGGCUGUUAAACAGGAUGUACGACAAGAUCUUCAGCCAGGCAGACACCUCCCUGAAGCGCUGGAUCCUGGAGUUUGCCGCCAAGCGGAAAAAAGCAGAAGUCCGAAAUGGGAUCAUCAGAAACGACAGCCUGUGGGACAAGCUGUUCUUUAAUAAAAUACAGGCGAGCCUCGGUGGCUGUGUCCGCAUGAUAGUGACCGGCGCUGCCCCUGCCUCUCCCACCGUCCUGGGCUUCCUGCGGGCGGCCCUCGGGUGCCAGGUCUAUGAAGGUUACGGCCAAACAGAGUGCACAGCUGGGUGCACCUUCACCACCCCAGGUGACUGGACAUCAGGUCAUGUAGGAGCCCCUUUGCCCUGCAACUUAAUCAGACUGAAGGAUGUGGAAGAGCUGAAUUAUUUUGCUUCCAAAGGAGAAGGAGAGAUAUGUGUGAAAGGACCGAAUGUUUUCAAGGGUUAUCUGAAAGAUGAGGAGAAGACGACUGAGGCACUGGACCAGGAGGGCUGGCUUCAUACUGGAGACAUUGGGAAAUGGUUACCUAAUGGGACUCUUAAAAUUAUUGACCGGAAAAAGCAUAUAUUUAAACUUGCUCAGGGAGAAUAUAUUGCACCAGAGAAGAUAGAGAAUAUCUAUAUCCGUAGUGAUCCUGUUGCCCAGAUCUAUGUCCAUGGAGACAGCCUGCAGGCCUUCCUGGUGGGAAUUGUGGUGCCAGACUCCGAAGUUAUGCCAGGCUGGGCAAAGAAAAGAGGGUUUGAUGGAACAUACUCAGAACUCUGUAAAAACAAGGAACUGAAGAAAGCAAUAAUGGAAGACAUGGUACGGUUAGGUAAGGAGAGCGGACUUCACUCCUUUGAGCAGGUAAAAGCCAUUUACAUUCACUCUGAUAUGUUCUCAGUACAAAACGGUUUGUUGACACCAACGUUAAAGGCUAAGAGACCAGAACUGAGAGAUUACUUCAAAAAACAAAUAGAAGAGCUAUAUUCCAGCAUCUCCAUCUGAAACCACAGGAAGAAUCUUCUGAAUAAUGGACUUUGUAGCAAUAUUAGAGUAAUACUCAAAAGUACAGAGCCAGAAUGACACAGCUGAAACGGAUAAGCAUCUGAAUCUUACAUUUGAGCCUUUUGUUUUAGGAUUUCACCACUAACCAUGUUUUCCCUUUUCCUUUUUUUUUUUUUUUUUUCAUCAGGUGUGAUACAAUUUUUACUCUAUGUACACAGUAGGGCACUACCAAGAAUUAUGCUAAGUUGCCACGAAAUAUACAGCAAUUUCAAUCCAUGACCAAGUAAAUUAUGGAAACUUAUCUUAUUAAUAACUACAAAUAUUUCAAAUUAAACUAGGGAAAACUUCAGGUAUGUCUGUUGAUAUUUGAUUGUAUAUAACCUAACAUGUUAGAGACUAAAAUUGUGCAUAAUUCAAUAAUGUGGUCUACCUCAAGCUAUCAGUGAUUGAUGGUGAAAGCCUAUUUUCCCUGAUCUGGAACUUCAAGCUGGAUAUUGGUUUAUAUAUUAAGUGAUAGUUUUUAUAUUUUCCAGGACAUAAAUUACAUCGAUUUGAUUUAAUCAUUAAUGACCUAACAACCAGAAUAGAAAUAGGAACAAAUCUCCUGGUAUUUGUACUUAACAGGCCUAGUAGUAUACUGCACCUAAGGGAUUAAUAUUACCUUGAGGUUAUAAGAACACUCUAGCAAGCGGUAGGGUAGAAGUCCCCCUGUUCCUCUCCAUCCAAACCCAGCCCACCCACGGCAUGCUGACUUCUCCCCAGGGCCUCCUCCAGCACAGCCCUCGUGGGCAUCCCAGCGACUCAAAGGCUGCUGGAGUGCUGCUGGCUCUGUGGAGCUGAGCAAAGCAAAAAAGCCUGCACGAGAGCCAGUGCAGUUGAGCUUGCAUUAACCCAUGUGCUCUCGGUCCCUAAUUUAUUACUUUACAUGCUGCUAAUACUGCAUAGUCCGGUCGGGCCAGCUCCCUUUCAGCACAGCACUAUGGAGAUGGAGCAUAUCCUUGGGCACGCUGGGAUGAGGAAGGAACACUGCUCCGGAAUGGGCUGCGAGAGCUGUUUUGGUUGCAAGGUGACACGGCGUGGUAGAGCCCUGGACGUGGCUGCAGAAAGGGCUGCUAGGAAAACAUCCCCACAUUCUGAUGCCUCGGUUCCCACUGACAUCGCUGCCAGUGGCCUCUCUGGGAAAAGCAGCAAACUUCGGGAUGAAGCCUUGGAUUCACAACCAGCCGCAGCCAUUGGAAGGGGUCAAGUCCCCCAUGGGACAGGAACGGAUGCUGGAGCUCUCUCCUGAUGUAAAGCACAGUACAAAGCAACCAGGAAAGUGUAAUGUCAGGUACUGUGAAUACUGGGACUGUUGGUGGCUUCCUCCUGUGAACAGGGUCCUACGCAUAUCCGUGUAUGUUAAUAGCUGCUCUUUGUUGCACCAGAGCGUGCUAGCAUGGAGCUGUGCCUCCUAGAUCCUUCCUUGCUAGGACAGUGAGAGCACACAUUUUUUUCUCUUGGACUGAAAUCCAUUGUAGGCUUUUGAAGCUAAAAGAUUAAAUUAUUAAUCUGAAUUAUCUCUCAUUUUCCCUCUGAAAUUCCACUGCAUGCUUUAAAAAUUAAAUAAAUUGAGUUAAUGAGUUAGUUUUACACAAAGACUGAUUUAUUGCAGUAAUUUCAGAACAAAGUGGUACGAAGGAAAUGGUAUCUGUUAGCAUAAUCACUCACACACAGAACAAGGCAAUCUGAACUAUCAAAUGUGGAAGUGUUUGUCUGAGUCCCUUUUGUGCCCGAUUCCUCAUUUGAUUCCAGUGUAAUGAUUCAUAUCAGUCCAAGGCAAGUCAGAAAUAUCACUGCUGUGACCAGAUGGUAUUGUACGUUCAUUUUUUUUCCAAUAUACACAGCAACAGCAUCUCCGGAGAGUUUGGGUGUGUGGCAUGAAUAACUGUACAAAAUCUGGCUCUUUAGAUCAGGUCACAUAGGAGUUUAAUCUCUGAGGAGUCUAGUCCGUCUCCUGUCUGUAUCAGCCAAAUGACAGCAGUCACAAGCUUCAAAGCAAGGAAGAGCUGGACUCAGUACAAUUCCCUCCCUUGAAUUAAAAUAAAGGUAACUAGGCAUCGAAGAAAGUAUAGAAAAGCUGUUUUCCACUGACCUUUUUCUACCACCUGAAUUGAAUUCACUUUUCUCCUAAGGUGAUUUCAGUUUACCAGACUUUUCUGGACCACUGAACUCUGUACAAGAAGGGAAGCUCCCAGCACGAGUUUACUUAAGGCUUGGAUGGCUGUUUUCUGUAAGCGUGUAAUGCUGCUUUGUUACUCGAUAAUAAAAGGAAAAAUAUGGACCACAAUAGGAUGAAGCAAAAUUUGAGAUAAAUUUGAGAGAAAUUCACUUCUGAAGUGUGAUUAUUUUCAGAGCUUGUGGAAAGCUGUUCGAAUAAACUAAGAGCUGUCUCUAUUACUUUCUUGUGUAAUCAGAUUUUCCUCUGCCGAUGACUCUCUCACCAUAACCAUAACAAAUGUUGCAAGAGAUUAAAACUUGCCAUGAGUACAUGCACAAGGCAUGUGCUAGGCAUAAACAUGCUUCUCUUCAAAUUCCAGGAAUGUUUGUUUUUCUUUGAGCUCUCUUAAACUCAUCUACUUCUUGUGACCACCGAGGAAACCCCCAGGGUUGUCCAGGAACCAGUUUAUUUUUUUUUUCUCAAGAUAACCAAUUACAAAAUUAAUUUCUAAUACACUUCUUAUUUAAGGAGUUGAGAUUCAAGAGCCAUUGCACAAACGGCAAUGCAUGUUACGCUUCUCUGUAAACAGCUCUACUCUUGAUGGCUUAAAGAUGACUGUUUUUAACUACUGUCGUUACGGCGUUCAUUCUGCAACCAAGUACAUGAGAAAACACAACCAGCCCGCUGAAAUCAGCACAGCUCUGCUCUGGUACUGCAGGUGGGAUUUGUGCAAAAAACACCUUUGCCUUGAGCAGUCAAGUGUGACAAAGUAAUUUUACAGCCCCUUUUCCCCAGAAGGCUUGGUAGUAUGUGUGCUGCAGAUUGCGACUUUCUGUAUUCUCUGACUUGUUAAAAAUGGGAGGUUCUUCCUGGGCCUGGUGCUAUGCCUGUGAAAUCACUGGAAGACUGCCUCCAGUGCUUGUAUAUGAAAAUCAGAGUAACAUACUAUUUCCAGGAAGAGAAUAUUGCUUCGUUAUAUAUUUUGUAUGUUCUUUGCUCAAUAUAUUGCACAGACAAAAUACCAUUCUGCCACAGAAAUGGUCAAAGACACACACAAGUGUGCACAGAAACCAUGAGACAGUCUUAAAGGUCUUAAUGCCACGUUGGCAGAAUUGCACAGAAUUAUUCUGUCCUGAAAGGCACAUUUACAGGUUAAAAUAGUUGAUAUAGAUCAGGUAAAGAGAAAUGGUGAGUUGUUUAUUGAUAAAGUACUAUUUUGCAAUCUAUCAUCACUAUUAGUAAGUAUGUAUCCGCAUCAGUAAAGUCCAAUGUCAUUUUUUGCCAUGGAUAUGAUUUUUUUUUUUUUGCUUAUAACAAAAUAACCUGACUUACACAAUCUUCUGGAAUGAAACAAAUCAACUAAUGUUAUUAUUAUUAUUUUCCAUGUGUUAAAAGCACAAACUGGUGAUCUAUAUGUAAAUAAAUUGCUACAAGAUGAAUGUAAACUGGGAAAUAAUAUACUAUUUUUGCAUGGUAAUGGAUUACUUAAAGAUCUCUUGAUGCCUUAUGUAAAAUUUGGCAAAGCAUUUUAUUUAGAGGCAAUUCUAUCUGCAUACUCUUUGUUUCUAUAUCUCAUUUUGGUUUUGUCUGUGGGGGGAAAAAAAAUGUUGAUACCAGAAUUAGAUUUUUGUUUCUUCUUGGAAUUAACAUUCUUCAGUACUUUGCACAUUUAAUGGUUUCUACUCUGUACUUUCUCCUGUUAAAUGAUGAAGCUGAACCUAUUCUUUUUGGAGGAGAGAUCUGGAUACCUGUAGUAACUGGGAGGAAUACAACUUCAGAUCUGUGGAAUUGUUCCAAAAUAAAAUGUUUUCUGAGGCAUCUAGAGCCCCUUUAAGCCCUUCACUUCAUUUCAGCUUUUGUUAUAUAUUUUAGCAAAGUACAAGCAGCAAACAAAUGAGGCAUUUUCCUAAGUGUUGCCUAUUCUAUUUUUGACUGAAAGUGAAGGGAUCAAAAUAGAACAUAUACAUUUGUGUAAAAAAAAUAAUUAACUGUAAAUUUUUCCGUUUUGGUAUAUUAGCAUGUAUAUCAAAAAGUCAGCUAUGGAAACUUUUGUAAAGAAUUAAACUGUCACAUUUCUCAGAACUGCUCCUAAGAUUUUCUCAUUGACUGACAUACAAUAAAAUCUCUUUUUUAAAAUCUGUUGUUACUCCAGCACUCUGUCCUCUGUAUGAAGUAAUUCAGAAUGUGUGCCUAUACGAAACGCGUUGUACAAAAAAUAAUAAAAUAACGACCAAAGGAAUAUUGGAACCUGAGAUUGAUUUUAGCAAUCUUCUACAAAAAAAAUAGUUGCAAAGUCCUCUGAAGAUGCAGCAGUCUUUCUGUAAUGGUUUCAUUUUUUUAUUUUAAAUCAAUAAUAAUAUAACAAAAUGUAUAUGCUUGUUUAAUAUGAAUUGACAAUUGGGAAUGCAUAGUAUUUUUUCAGACUAUGUGUCUAAAACAAUAAACUUUAAAAGCA